UUUUCAAUUGCAAGGUUUUUGUUUAAAGACUUGUAUUUUUAAGAAAUUGAAAUACCAGUCAACCCCAAAAAUCGUUUAUGUACAAUUCAUAAGAAAAAAUAAAUCUUAGCGUAGCAUAAUAUUUCCUGUAUUUCACAUCGAUGUCAUCUAGCGAUAUAAAACUAGAGGUUUGCGUUGAUUCUGUUGCUUCGGCAUUGGCGGCUUCGGAAGGUGGCGCAACUCGCAUUGAACUAUGUUCCGCUCUAACAGAAGGUGGUUUGACGCCUUCACCUGGUACGCUCAAGACAUUGAAAGAUCUCAUUAACAUACCAAUAUAUUGCAUGCUGCGACCAAGACGUGGAAACGAUUUUAUUUAUUCAAAUGUUGAGAUGGAUGCAGUUUUAUUGGAUUUGGAAAUUUUACGUACGCAUGGAGCUGAUGGAUUUGUAUUUGGUGCGCUUACCGAGCAACGUGCGAUUGAUGUUGAGAAAUGUCAGCGUUUAAUGGAACGGGCAGCAGGGAUGCCAGUAACAUUUCAUCGCGCAUUCGAUCUGACGAAUCCACAAUUAAUGCACGAAAAUGUAACCAUUAUAAAGGAGUUAGGUUUUAAACGCUUACUUAGCAGUGGAUUCCGUGCCACUGCCAUUGAGGGUAGUGAAAAUCUAGCUCAACUAAUAGCUAAACAUCGUGAUAUGAUAAUAAUGCCGGGUGCUGGUAUUAGUGUUAGUAAUUUGGAUGAAUUGUUAACUACAACAAAGUGUGUGGAAUUUCAUGCUUCUGCUCAAGCCGCCGCUGGCUCAAUAACUACUAAUGGGGAAGGUGUAGCGAACAUGGAUUGUGACGUCACAAUGGGCAAGCAAGACGUGGACCCCUGCACAAUUACUGAUGUCAAUGUUGUCCGUAGAAUGGUUAACAUUGCUAUGGCGGCGAAGUGAAAUCAUUUUUCGAAAUAUUUAUAUGUACAUAUUAUAUAAAUUUAUUGUAUCAGUAGAUGUUGACUUUAAUUUGUAUUAGCUAAUAAUUUCUGUUAAUAAUGAUUUCUCCGCAAUCAGCACUUGCUAAUAGGAAUACGUACGCAUAACAGUUAAAAUUCAAACGCCAAUAUUAAUUUACAAUUCUAUGUAUUAUUUUUACAUAAAUAAGUUUACAUCAAUAUGUAUGCAUAUUUUUAAUAUUUACUUUUAUAACAAGAGUAAAUCAACAAACAGUUCAAGUAACAUAUAUGAAGUGUAUUUUUUGUAUUUACUAUUUUAACUGGUAACACAAUGCCAUAUGUACAUAUGUGUAACACAUUUACGUAUAAUGUACAAGAUAAUUCUAUACAAAAAAUAAAUCUUUUAUUAACAUUAUUAAUUUAUGAAUUAAUUUUAUUCGAAACUUUAAAACAAUUUGGAAAUGUUAAUAUGGUAUUUUUAUUUUAAUUUCCUUUCACUUUAUAGUCUUCAUAUCGUAUUUGAGAUAUUUUCAUGGACCAAUAUAUGAAUAUGCAAUUCAACUAACAAUAAUCUGAAAAGGAAACAACAAUUGAAUACAUUACAGAGGUUCAAAGAGUUGAAACAGAAAAAGUUUAUCUUAAUUUCAAUAUCGAAUACCCCCCAUUUCCCCCCAACAAAAACCAAUUCUCAAUUUUUUUUCCUUCCAUUUCCGUACGCUUUGUUGCAAUCAAAUACUGUUUUAUUUAUUAUUUUUAUGAUUGUUAAAUAUCAGUUUAUAAGUAUGUAUGUACGUUUGUAUGCAGGUAUAUGUAUAUUUACUAGGUAAGUUACAACAAACGGCGACAAAGACAACUGCAACAGUCCCAUCAUCUUUGCUCAUUUAAAAGCAAUUUAAUUUUUGUUAGUCCUUAAUCAAGUAAUUUGUAUUAUAUAAUAGAUAAAUAUUUGAUUUGAAUUUAAUCAAAAAGAUUAUGAAGUAACUUUAUUCAAAAUUUUGUGUUUUUUACACAUAUGACCAACAAGCAAUCAUUUUAUCAUUACAUAAUUAUAAAGAAAAUACUUCAAAAAUUAACAGAAAGUUGAAAGAAGAGAAAAAACAAACUAUAUAUAUAUAAUAUUAAAAAUAAUAAUGCUAAUAUGUGCAUAUGUAGUUAGUGUAAAUGAAAUGUUCCCCAAAGGACAUACGAAGCAAAUCAAGUACAACCAGAUAGGAUUCGGUAGUAUGCAUACAUAAGCCAUCCAGGAGCUAUUUUUUCAACAUUUAUGGUGAAAGUUUUUGAAGUUAUCCAUGUGCAACUGCAAUCAUUUCCAACAUUUUUUUUUUUUUUGUAUAUUCUUUUUUAUAUAACAUUUAGAUUACUCAUAAUUAAUAUAUCAUAAACGCAAAUAUAUAUA